UUGGGUCAGGUGUGCAGCUGCGAUGGGCAGAAUCUCCCAGCCUCUCCUGGUUUUCCUGCUGUGCAGCGCGUUUCAGAGCGCGCGGGGCAGACACCUCUUUUCUGACAGCAAAGAGACUCCCUCAGCUUUCACCCGAGGAAAGCGAGCGGAUUCUACGGUAGAAGUACCAGGCGGAUACAACGUGACGGUGCUUCUAGUCCCCGGGUCACACACAGUGCACGUGCCGCUGCGCACUGAGACGGUAAUUAAGGAACGCUGUCUCGUCCAGGACCUGGAGGAGAAAGAGAAAGAGCUGGAGGAGGUGUAUGCAACAAACGCCGAUCUGGCUCGGCAGAUUGCCGCUCUGCAGAAGAAGCUGAAGGAGGUGGAGAGCAGCCGGGACGGCGCGGUGAAGGCGCAGAUCACAGAGCUGCAGGGCCAGCUUCAGGACAAGAUCAACAAGCUGGAGGUGCAGACUCAGGACAACUCCAAACUGGUCCUCCAGAUCACUGCCCUGCAGGGUGAGCUCAGGGGGCUGAAGACUGAAGUGGCCCAGGCGACAGAGGCAGAAACCACAGACCUGAAGCGGCAGCUGGAGGAGAAGGAGAAACAGCUGAAGAUGAGGAACAAACAGCUGGAGGAUAAGAACGCGUACAACGCUAAACUGAUUUUAAAGAUUAAUGAACUGGAGAAUGAGAUAUGGAGCCUUCAGCAGAACCAGUCGGACCCAGCCCAAGUCGCAGAGCUGCAGAAGGAGCUCCAGGACACAAUCAACAAACUGCAGGAACAGAACAAUGACAACUCCAAGCUGGUUCUGCAGAUAAUCGCCCUGCAGAGUCAGGUCCGAGAGCUGCAGAAGAAGGCUGCAGACCCAGUCACCAAGGGGCAGAUCGUUGAACUGCAGAGGCAACUGGAAGAAAAGACCAAUAAACUGGAGGAAAAGGACAAAGACAACUCUAAGCUGAUCCUGCAGAUCAUCAACCUGCAGAAUGAGGUGAAGGAGCAACAGAGGAGGAACGCAGAUAUGGUUGCUAAGGAGCAGAUCGCAGAGCUACAGAGGCAGCUGAGAGACAAGGAUGAGGAGUGCUCCAGCCUGCAGCAGAGAUAUGACGCGCUGCACGACCAACUGACCAGCAAGUUCGCAGAGGUCUCCAAACUACAAGGAGAACUAGCAGACAGAGAUGCAGAGAACUCCAGACUGGAAGCGCUACGGGAGCAAUUGGUGGCCAAGACAAAGAACUGCUCGAGACUGCAGUCCCAAUACGACGAGCUUCAGAAACUGCAGGGUAAAUGUGAAGAAACGGAAGAGCUGCAGAAGCAACUUAGUGCCUGGGAGGGAAAGAUCAGCAGACUCGAGAGGCAGCUGAAGGAUAAAGACUCUGAUAUCUCAACACUGGAGAGAGGACUGAGAGACAAGGAAUCCGAGAACUCCAGGCUGGAGAGAGAACUGCGGGACAAGGAAUCCGAGAACUCCAGGCUGGAGAGAGAACUGAGGGACAAGGAAUCCGAGAACUCCAGGCUGGAGAGAGAACUGAGGGACAAGGAGGACGACUACUCCAGGUUGCAAAGGAGAUACAACGAGCUGCAGGGGAAAAAGGAGGAGGAGGAGGACACCAAGAUCAGAGCAGCUGUUGUGACUAUGGACGGUAACACAGCACACCCCAAGCUGUCGCUGUCUCGGGAUGGGAGGGAGGUCGCAGUGGUGAACACGCGCAACGUCCCAGACAACCCCGAGAGGUUCGACACGUCCCUGGCCAUCAUGGCGAAGGAUGGCUUCGCCUCAGGGAGACACUACUGGGAAGUGAAAGUGGAGGGGAAGGCUUGCUACAGCAUAGGAGUGGCUGCAGGGUCAGCAGGCAGGAAAGGAAGAAUUGUGCCGAAGCCCAGCAAGGGAUUCUGGACCAUAAUAUUGACCAGAAACGGCGACUUCAGAGCACUGGCUGGUAGCCCAGUCACCAUCCCUAUGAGGGAAAAGCCCAAUAAGAUAGGUGUGUAUCUGGACUACAAAGGGGGUGAAGUUGCUUUCUACAACCCAGAGAACAGGUCUCAUAUGUACUCCUUCACCGGGCAAGUCUUCCAAGAGAAGAUGUACCCCUUCAUUAUGACCUGUGAGGACAGCGAUGUAAACGAAGCCCCCCUUGUCCUCACACAUGUUGGCACCUCACUAUCAUGGCUUGGGUGAAGAGCAGGCUUUUAUUUAAAACCUCUAAAAAGAGGUUCCGGUUAUAUCGGUUAAACAAAAAAUCAAAAUAAUAUACACAUUUUUGUCUAAAGCACAUGUAUUAAGACUUUCUUCCCUCUUAUUGGGCAGUACUUCAAAGCUUGAUUUGAUUUUAGUCAAGAAUCAACAUUCAUUUCAUGUAAACAAUCUUAGUUUCCUGAACUUCUAGGACUGAUGAAUCAACCAUACCUUCAACUGUGCUGGAAAUGAGUUAGAAAAUGUUACCACUGCAGAUUCUGGCAGCAAAAGAUGUGUUUGCAAUCAAUAAAGGG